AUGUGCUCUAGUAUUAUUAUUGCGAAUGCCAAUCGACCAUGGAUCCUUCCAGCAAUCGCACUACAAGCUUCAACCAAUGAUAACGAUAAUGAUGAUACCUCAUCAGCAGAUGAUAAUGAAGAAGAUGGCAGUAAUGAUGGCAUUGAUUUGUCACUGGACGAACGUUUGUACCGCGUACGGUUAUCACGGUUUCCAGGCAUUGAAUGGGGCACCGAUUUGUCCUUUGCCUUUGUCUAUGUCCGUGCGUUGGAUCCCUCGGGUGCAGCUUCCAUGUCGGGUCAGGUCGCCGUCGGUGAUCAACUCUGCGAAUUGCGGGCCGUCAUCGACUCGGACUCGAAUAAACCGGUCAAUCUACUGGGAGCUCCCUUUGAUUAUGUCAUGACGGCCUUUGCGACACUCGAAAAGGGCGUGCAAGAUGUCGAGUUGGUAUUCUUUCGAGGGUCCCAGGAGGAUCUCAAGGCCGUCUGUACUGGAGAGGGAGCGAAAAAAGAAUCCGAUACGGUGACCAUUACCGUCAUUCAAAACAAGGGAAGCCCCGAGGAAAAUAUCCAAACGAUUACGGCCCCCGCUGGGUGCAAUGUGAGAGAAGUCCUCACAGACAACAAGAUUAAUGUCUAUCAAUCCAUCACGCGGUGGACCAAUUGCAAGGGAAAGCAACUUUGUGGUACCUGCAUUGUCGAUAUCACCGAGGGAAGCGGGCAGACCAAUCGCAAGAGUAUGGACGAAGCAUCGACCUUGAGAGAAAAUCCAGACUCGUAUCGGUUAUCCUGUGUCACAUUUGCCUAUGGCGAUAUCACAGUGGAAACAUUCCCACCGAUUGAAGCAGCUCAAUGGACGCGAUAA